UGAGCCUGUUUUGUGCUGCAGUCAACGGUCAUAACCGUAGCCAAUAGACUUGGGACUUGGUCGUUCUAGUCUGUUUAAUUUCCGAAGAAGUUCCUGCUGAGUUUUAUUUUCAGCUACGUAGGCUAGGUCUUCUCAUCUGGUCACGGCAGCCCAAUCGCUCCUUUGCAUCCCCUAAAAUGAGAAAGCUUUGUUUGUGUUUGCUUCUUCUGUGGGGCCUGGUCGAUACCGGACACAGCAGAAAUGUAUUUCAGAUGUCCAUUCAGGAAACAGAGAUUACAAAAGAGUCAGUUGUCUACCAAGAAGAUACAGUCCAGACAGACGAUGUCGCGUUCGCCUUUGCCAAACACUUCCAGAACAACAUGGUGUUGCAGAUGGCUCCAGCACGUGCCAACAUCUACGGUUUUUCGCCUGAUAUUGGACAGAAAGUGAUCGCUCAAAUGAACACUCCUUCUAAACCGUACUACUACGAGACAAUGGUCAAGGAAAGUGCACAGAAAGGUGUUGGGGUGUGGAUGAUUACUCUUGAUCCAAUUGAUGCGAACGUCACCGUCAGCGUAAGAGUUAUGUCGGAGCGCGGAACCUUGAACCUGGCAAACGUUAUCUUUGGUGACGUCUGGCUUUGCAGCGGCCAGUCCAACAUGCAGUUCUCUGUACCUCAGAUGUUCAACAGUCAGCAGGAAAUAGCCGAUGCUCACAAGUACCCAAACAUCCGACUGAUGACAGUGUCUAUGAGACAGUCCCCCACCCCCCUGGACGAUCUGAUUGCCAUCGAAGAAGCCUGGACGUCUCCAAGCAACACAAUUUGUACACAAGUGAGAACCUUCCCAACCCGGGUGAGGAUGACCUGAGGGUCGGAGGACCUGAGCUCAACUCUGUGCUGUGGAAUGCCAUGAUCCACCCUCUCCUGGGGAUGACCUUGCGCGGAGCCAUCUGGUACCAAGGUGAGAAUGAUGCCACAACCUCCACCAAGAUGAACCGCUACAACUGCACCUUCCCUGGCAUGAUCGCCGACUGGCGGGAAAAGUUCAGUCAGGUGUCCCAACAAACCAACCCUCAGUUCCCCUUUGGAUUUGUGCAGCUGGCGGGUUAUCGGCCAGCACCAUUGAUCACCGUGGGCUUCCCAGACAUCCGCUGGCACCAGACAGCUGACGUCGGCUACGUGCCCAAUCCCAAGAUGCCCAACGUGUUCAUGGCGGUAGCGAUGGAUCUUCCAGAUUUUAACUCUACCUAUGGCGCCAUCCACCCGAGAGACAAAACAGACGUGGGCUUGCGCCUGGCCCUGGGUGGACUGGCCCUGGCUUAUGAACAGAGCACUUUCUACCAGGGGCCGUUCCCUGUCAAGGGCGCACCAUCAUCAGCUGGCUACGAGCUGGACUACGGCUCUACCUGGAUACUGGAUGUGCGCGACAAGGAUGGAUUUGAGUUCUUCUGUGAGCCAUCGACAAAGGACGGCAGUGCGGGUCACUGGGUACCCACCGUCAUCACAGCGUCCAACGCGACCAGCGUGGUCUUGUACCCGGCGGUCUGUGGCAGCGGUGAGGUGGCCGUGGGUCUGCGCUACGCCUGGCGAGAGACGCCCUGCAACUUCAAGCAGUGCCCCAUCUACUCCUCCCUCAACGAACUUCCCGCUGCCCCGUUUGUCUUCUUGGCCGAGUCGGGAAAGAAGGAUGUGAGGUUUACCGGACCUUUUGGGGAAGGUCGUCUGCAGUUCUAACCGCAGUUCUCAAUCUGUUUUGCAUUUUGCACCUGGGUUUUGUUUUUGGUUUUUUGUUUUUUUUUCUUCAACCUGGUGUUCCAGGAUAUUUUGUUGAUGUUACAGUAGUU